GCGUGCGCAAAGACUAAUCGGAAAAUGGGGAAGGCCCUUCGUUGACGCUGGCCUGGGGAUUGGGUGGGUCCAGGUCUACCAGACUCUGUUAGAAUGUAAGCUCCUUGAGAACAGAGUCGUGAUCCUGAGUCCCGGGAUGCUGAGCCGGGUUACGAGCUCGUUGAGUCUUUUCCGGAUUACCCAGACUCCGCCCCUCCCAUUCAAGUUACGCCCUCAGGGAAAAGCAUCCAGAGGAACCCUGGAGCCCUAAGUUCCCGGAAGCGGCCCUGGGAACCAUGAGGCACGGGCCGAGUUCGCACCCGUACUGUUUUCUCCAAAGCUCCGGAACCGGAAGCGGCUCGCCCCGCUUACUGGCACCCGCCGCCACCAUGCUCUGCCUCCUUCGUGCCUGCUGUCGGGCUCCUUCCCAGAUCAUUAAGACUUCUCCAUCUGCGGCACUGGUUUCUGGGAGGCAGAAGGCAGGCACCCCUUGUGUCCCCCGUCUCUUUCUGAGACCUUGGCUCACGUCCAGUCUAGGGUCUGAGGAUGGGGGUAAAGACUAUCACACGUCUUCCUGCUGCUUCAAGAAGAAGGUCCCGGUGGUCUCCACGAGGCCACCACCCACUCUCACAUACUUGCCUGACACCCCAAAGCCAGCCCUCUAUAUUACUUUGACCGGAUUGGUCCCCUUUGUUGCCCCACCCCUGAUCAUGAUGAUGACCAAUACCUAUCUACCCUUCUUGGCAUUUGCGCAGAUGGCCUAUGGAGCCAGCUUUCUAUCUUUCCUGGGAGGGGUCAGGUGGGGAUUUACUCUGCCAGAAGACAGUCCAGCCAAGCCAGAUAUCAAGAAUUUAGCCUGCAGUGGGGCCCCACUGGUGUUUUCCUGGUAUGCCUUCCUUAUUUCUGAGGGACUCACUGAAGCCAUUGUCAUGGUGGUCAUGGGCUUUGGGAUGGCAUUACACAAUGAAAUCUUCCUCCUGCCCCAUUAUCCUAACUGGUUCAAAGCCUUGAGAAUAGUGGUGACUCUCGUGGCAUUUUUUUCAUUUGUAGCCACUUUGAUAAUUAAAGAUUUUUAUCCAGAAUCUGGCUCUGAACGUCCUGGUCAGGCUGAGUGAAGCUCACUGUACUGGCCCAGUAUGAGCAGGCAGGCUAUUAACCUCCUUCCCAUGCUCACAGUGGCUUUUUUUUUUCUCUUUGUAAUUCCUGCAUCUGGUGACUGUCCCUCUAUGGAAAUCAGGUCCUUUCAUUAUAGUUGUGGGAGGGUCUGGCCCACAGUACUGUUAUAUGUGUCUGUAGGCUGGUGCUCACAAGUUUAUUUCUGCUAUGUAUAAGUGAAUUGUAAAGAGUUUUAAAAAGAUCAAAUAAAGACCACAAAGAAUCUUUUGGCUAGGG